GUUUCUCAUUCCAAAGGUACACAUCACGCACGAAGAGUCAACCUUGAUGACGCUUCGCGGACGCACGUCGAAAACGCUCCCCUGUUGGCGUGGACUGGUGUGCUGUGUGGCAGAGGUCAGGUCCUUAGCGACCGCUUGACGGACGGAUUGUGGUUCCAUUCUUGCUCCACUCAUGGCUGACGACGACCACACCCUUGACAUGGCUCAAGCCGACUCCCAGCGUAGGAAACCAAGCACCACACAAUCCAAGGAGCAAACACCUCCAUCUCUCUGUCUGUCUGUGUGUCCUGCAUCCAUCCAUUCCCAUGCCAUGACAGCGGGUGAAGAUUCGUCCUCUCCCCCGCCCCCCACAGCGACGUUAGAGUUGACUCAGUGUCCCGACGCUGUGCGGUCCAAGCUGGCGGGCACCUCGGUGACGGUCACAUCGGACGGCCUGGUGGUCGGCCGCAAAGUGGAUGGACUCCCGGACGCAUUUGCCCUCACUGGCGCACAGGGGUACACAGCGACUUUUGGGGAGAAUGAUGCCUGCCCAUGGUUCGGAGGGGUGUGUGUGUGUGAGUUUGUUUGUGUGCAGAGUGUCGAAGCAUCAUUUCGAGGUGACGUUAGGCGAGGACCGGCAGUUCAUGAUCACAGACAAGAGCAGUAAGAGGGAGGGAGGGAGGGAGGGAGGGAAGGGGUCAUGUGGGUCAGCCGUGACGUGUGUGUGACGUUGGUUGUGUGUCAGCCAAUGGGAUUUACCUGAAUGCCGUCAAGAUCGCAGACAAGAGCACAGCGCGACUCGACAACGGUACACACACACCGAGGGUGUUCCCGGCCACGUGGAUGGAUGCCCCAUGUGUCUGCCCACUUGUGUGUGUGUGUCACUCCUCACCUCCCGGCAUUGCAGGGACCACGGUUGGCCUCAUGAAUCCCAGUGCUGGCGCCGACAGUGAGCAUACACACACACAUACGUACCACAGACCAGCUGCGUGACGGCAGUCAUUGUGUGUGUGUUUUGCCUCCACUCACUUCUGUAUGAUGGCUGGUUGGAUUGCGGCCGUCAGAGAGGAUUGUGUUUGUGUUCAAGUACCCCGACCAGCCCCCCGUCCAGCCCCCCGUCAAUGACGACGAGACGUCAGAGGAGGAGGAGGAGGAGGAGGAGGAAAUGCAGUUCUUCGACGAGCCUGCACCUGCACCUGCACCUGCACCGGCCGCUGCUGCCGCGGCCGCUGCCCCUGCGGGUAAACAAGACCGCCCUCCCAUUCAAUUCACCCAGCCCAGCCACCCACCCACCCACACACACCCAUUGCGGUGCAUCAAUGUGUAGGUGGCUCUCUGUCCAAGAAGCGCAAGCGUCGCGAGAGCCAGGCUGCUGCGGGGGGCGAGGAUGAAGACGAGGAUGAGGGCAUCGGGGCCGAGCUCGAGUGCGGCGUCUGCAGGGAGAUCAUGUACAGACCACUCGCAGUCCUGAAUUGCAUGCACAAGGUCAGAGGGACAGAAUGGGGGGCGAUAAUGGUGUAUAUCGCUCGUCAUCUGUGUGUGUCUGCUUGUUAUUCUCUCAUGAGUUCAGUUUUGUUCGGCGUGUUUGCACGACUGGCUGACGACUCAAGACACCAACGGCCGGCGCAAGUGCUGCCCCAUGUGCAAGGGGCCGGUUGUCGACGUGAGCUGACCUGACAGACCUCACGCACACAAUACCAACCAACGCCCCGCCCCCCACACACAUCCACCAUACACACUCUCUCUCUAUCUGUGUGUGUGUGUGUGUCAGGUUGUGCGCGAUACGUCCUUUGCCAACGUCGUGGAGGAGUACCUCGCCAAGCACCCCAACAAGUGAGGAGGAGAACACCACACACACACACACACACACAAAUCCACCACAGACGGUCAUCCUUUGGUCGCCCACCGGUCAGGCAGCGGUCGCAGGCCGAUCGAGAUGAGAUGGACAAGAAGGACAAGGCAGUCAGGAAAUUCGUAAGCCAAGGCCCCAUACACACACACACACACACACACACAUUUUCCUGACACUGUAGAUGGGCGGGGGCAAGCAGCGGCGGGCCUACGAUGACGACGACGACCUCAGAGACGACUACUCAGAGGUUUGCUAUGAUACACAAACAGAGGGACGGGGCGCGUGUGAUAGAUAAUGUUUUCGUCCCACACAUCCUGUCCUGCCUGCGGCGGCAGGGUUCUGGUGACGACGACGUGCCGAAUGAGUGUUUCAACUGCAACGCGGCCAGCGCACGGGACGGAUACAGAUGCCCAUCGGACCCCGCACAAAGACAACACGUAGGCGUGUGGUAUGAGGGAGGGGAGGGGGAAGAACCACAUCCACGUGCACUGUGUGUGUGUCCCCUUGUGUGUCAGACGAUGUGCAACGAGUGUUUCCAGCUGAUGCCCCGGCGCGACCCUCCCCCGCCCAACUGCCCAAUGAAAUGUACACACACACACCAUGGCCACAUACAUUCACACACACAUGGCUGACUGGUGAGGUCAUUCCUGCCUGUGUGUGCCCACCCCACGGUGUGGUGUGGUGUGUGUCAGGUUUCAUAUGUGACAAGUACUUCUGCUCGCCCUACCGCCCGCUGUGUCCCGGGUCCAUGUUCCAGGGCGGCGACAGAGCAUUCAUCGGGUGCAGUACGGAGGGAGGGAUGGAUGCACAAAACGGUCUGUCUGCCUGUGGGCAUGUACGCGUGUGGUGUGUGUGUGCGGUUGUCCCUCAUGUCAGGGGGGAUUCGCUGCAGCGUGCCAAGGACAUGGACGCCAUCAACACCAUACCCGAUAAGACAUUCAAAUUCAACAGUUUCGAAAAGGUGAGCCCCCCCCUGUCGCGGAUGGAUGGAUGGAUGUGUGUGAUGCUCCUCUCUCUCCCGAGCUUGCUGCACUUGUAGGGCAUUCUGCGUGAGGUGUUCGCCAACACACAGACGACGGUCAAGCAGGCGCUCACUUCGGUGUUCCAGAACCUAGCCAACGCUGCAGCUGCUGGGGGCGGUGCUGCUGGUGCAGGGGGUGCUGCCAGUGGUGAUGGUGGUGCUGCCAGCGCAUCGGGCACUCAGACGCAGACACAGGGCCCACCUGCCCCGCCCGGCACACUCAGCGUCAAAUCACGUGAGACUGAGAGAGGACACAAAUGCACGGGUGUGGGGUGGUGUGUGCGCUGCGCAUGGCGGCGCUGGUGUGGUGUGGUGCACUGCAGGGACUGGUUUGGUGAAGCACAUCAGUGGGGACGAGUACGUCUGCCGCCGAUGCGGCGUCGAUGUCAUUGCCGGUACGGUGUGUAUGAUAGCAAACAAACCGACGGUGCCGCACACAAAGAAAGACACACACACAGCUCUCUUGUUGCCUCCCUCUCCCCUGUAUGCCUCUCCCCCUCUCCCGUGCACUGCAGAGGCGCUGUAUGAGUACCGUGCGUCACUGCCCCGCCCGUCGCUGCCGCAGCGUGCCCAGGCGCAGACGCAGAACUGCUGGUGGGGCCGCAACUGCCGCACGCAGAACAGGGACCACCACGCGCAGAAGCUCAACCACAUCUGCGAACAGACCAGAUUCACAUGAGGACAUGAGGAGGGAGGGGUGGGCAUCGAUGGAUGGAUGGAUGGAUGUGGCAGAGAGGCCAGCAUGGGUGUCGUGGCCAGUCAUUUCAUGCGUGUCGUGUAUUUAGCUGAGAGACUUGUUCGUCGCUCAGAGGUGGAUGACGGGAUGGGUGCGUGUGUUCCUUGACCGACGGACGGUGUAUGGUAGGGAUGCAGAGGCGGCACUCAACGCCA